GUGACUGUAGGCGACGGUGAAACACCUUUUCUGGUGUGAUUUCUUGGAAAGGGAGCGCAUCGGACAGAUGGGCGUGUCAGGAUUGCAAGUGCACUGUCGGAUUAACACUGUCCCUCACUGUGUACCGUAAUGACCCCGGUGUGUGUCUGUGUGGCGAUGAGCGUGUCGUCCACAUCAUCAGCAUCAUCAGCAUCAGCACCAUCAGCAUCAUCGUAGCGCGAGGACACCAGCAGCAGCGCCACGCGCCCUUCUGAUGCCACACGCGGAUUAAAUCCAGCCAUCAGGACUGACGACGCAAACAUCAGCGGCUGCAAGUCCCUGUACGUGGCCCUCAGACAUGGUUUUAGAAGGAAGUUCUGAGGCUCUGUGCCCUCCUCCGUCCCUGGAGCUGCGCCCAUCAUGCAACAAGAGCCAACCAUCGCCCCCUCUAGACUCGGGCUCGCAAUCCCAUGAUGCCAUAUUCCCUGGGGACAAGGAGCCCAUCAAGUAUGGAGAGCUGAUCGUGCUGGGACAUAAUGGUUCACUGGUGGGUGGUGAUAAAGGGCGCAGGAGGAGUCGACUAGCCCUUUACAAGAGACCCAAAGCCAAUGGCGUCAAACCUGAUGUCAUCCACAAUGUAUCCACACCUCUGGUGUCAAAGGCACUGAGCAACAAAAGCCAGCACAGUAUCUCCUACACACUGUCAAGGAGUCAUUCUGUUAUAGUAGAGUAUACACAUGACUCCAACACAGAUAUGUUUCAGGGCCGUCCUCCACAGGAGCGAUGCGAUGAGACUCCAACCAGACACAGGGCACCAGGAUGGAUCAGGCAGGUCCGAGGAGUAGAAGAGAUUGGCCGUUCCACAGAGAGCAUGAUCGACUUUGUGGUGACGGAUAUGGGAGGCAGCAGCGGGCAGUGCCAAGGUCAGAGUCAGGGGGGUGCAGGAGGAGACGGGGGCCAGUCAGCACAGAGCACCAUCUCCCGCUAUGCUUGCCGCAUCAUGUGUGAGCGGAGUGCCCCCUACACAGCCCGCAUCUAUGCUGCUGGCUUCGACUCCUCCAAAAACAUCUUCCUCGGGGAGCGGGCAGCUAAAUGGCGGACCUCAGAUGGCUUGAUGGAUGGACUGACCACCAACGGGGUGUUGGUAAUGCACCCUGCGGGGGAAUUUGUGUCAGAGCCCACUCCUGGGGUGUGGCGAGAGAUAUCAGUGUGCGGGAAUGUCUUCGCCCUGAGAGAAACACGCUCCGCUCAACAGAGAGGCAAACUGGUCGAGAAUGAGUCAAACACACUGCAGGAUGGCUCUCUGAUUGACCUGUGUGGCGCAACACUGCUGUGGCGGAGCCCGAGUGGCCUACGGCGCACGCCUACGCUCAAGCAGCUCGAGUCACUGCGUCAGGAGCUGAAUGCUGCACGUCCUCAGUGUCCAGUGGGUUUCAACACACUGGCUUUUCCCAGCCUGGCACAACGUGCCACCGUUGACAAGAAGCAGCCAUGGGUCUACAUGAACUGCGGUCAUGUGCACGGCUACCACAACUGGGGCUUCCGCAGGGAGAAGGAUAAGGCAGUAGGUGCAGCCGAGCGCGAGUGCCCUAUGUGCAGGAAGGUGGGUCCCUACGUGCCCCUGUGGUUGGGCUGCGAAGGUGGCCUGUAUCUGGACGCAGGACCCCCCACACAUGCUUUCUGUCCCUGUGGCCACGUGUGCUCAGAGAAAACCGCACAAGGCUGGAGCCAGAUCCCACUGCCACACGGAACACACGCCUUCCAUGCAGCAUGCCCAUUCUGUGGCACAUGGCUCACUGGCCAGCACGGCCACAUCAAGCUCAUCUUCCAAGGCCCCGUUGACUGAGACAGCAGGACUGCAUGUAAAGAAAAGAACUAAAGGACUUGACUUGAGGAGUAAUGUUACUGCACCAAGAGAUUGUGUUGAAAAUGUUGAGAUAUGUAAAUAAA